CAUAUUUAGCAGCUUGCCUACGCGGUACGGAUACCAUAGCCUUCCAUAACAAAAUCUCAACCUGGACUCAUACAGUCAUGAAAGAACGAAACUUACUAAAGUCGAUUAAAAGCAAUUAAAUUAUUGAUACAUCUACAUAUUCUACAGUGCGGUAAACUUGAUUCAUGCUCCAUUUUGAUUUAUAAUGCAGACAUAUUUGCAUUUGUAUGGGGAUUCUCGUCAGGUCCCCGAAGAGUUAGAACGGUCAAUAUGGAUUACGGAUCUGUAGUAAGUCGGUAUCAGACCCAGGUACUUAGGUACCUACACAAUACCGAGCCGUAAUAAGAAAUAUAAAAACUUCAAGGGUCUACUUUCACGUAUCUCACCCAGGAAUUUCAACAACACCCCAAGAUCAAGAUUCACCUAUUUGAAAAUGGAUGAGACGACUAAACCCGCUUAUGACCGUCAUAGCCAAAGCGAUGAUGUGGCAGAGAAAGAAAAGUCCUCCGAGCCCGUCCGCGACAUCGAGAAGUCAGAUGGUGAUGAGAACGCCGGCUCGGACUUUGACUCCGAGCCCAAGAGAACCAUAAGAGGCCUCAAGUGGUUUAUUGUAUUCUCGUCUCUAAUGUCAACUGUUCUACUCUUUGCGCUGGAUAAUACUAUUGUCGCCACCAUACAGCCUUCUAUCGUCGAAGCAUUCGGAGACCAGCAAGAGCUAGCAUGGAUCGGAGUCAGCUUCGUACUUGGCCAAGUCGUCAUCUUGCCCGUUGGAAAGGCUUACGGCAUGUUUAACAUGAAGAUCCUAUUCGUCGUCAGUCUCAUCCUCUUCGAGGCUGGUAGCGCUAUCUGUGGCGCCGCUCCCACCAUGACUGCUAUCAUUAUCGGACGAGUUAUCGCUGGAAUUGGCGGCUGCGGUGUCUACGUAGGCGGAUUAACAUACAUCAGCGUUCUAACUACUCCGAGAGAACGCCCGCUCUACCUAAGUAUAUUAAUGUCUGUCUGGGGCCUCGGGAAUAUUGCUGGGCCAGAGGUGGGGGGCGCGUUCGCUAUUAGCCACGCUACUUGGCGCUGGGGCUUCUACAUCAACCUUCCGAUCGCCGCUAUAUUCUCGCCUGCUUUCCUCUUCAGCCUCCCGAAUAUCAAUGUCAUGCGCGACACUCCUUUCAGCAAGAAGAUACGAAUGCAGGAUUGGGUUGGAAUAGUAGUAUUCACAGCGUUAUGUGCCUGUUUCUGUAUGGCUGGUAGUUUUGGUGGCACCCUUUACGAGUGGAACAGUGGAUCUGAAAUUGCUCUCUGGGUUAUGACAGUCGUUCUGCUGAUUGCUUUCAUCCUUGUCACCAUAUACCACCCUUUCGUCCCCUCCGAGUUGAGGCUUCUACCCGUGCAUUGCAUGCGCACUAAGGAUUUAAUAAUCAUCCCUCUCCAGGCCUUCCUGGUGGCGGGAAGCAUGAUGAUGUCUAUCUACUACACGCCCCUAAUUUUCCAGUUUACCAAAGGAGACGACCCCCUGAUGGCUGGUGUUCGUAUUUUACCCCUAAUCUGCAUGAUCGUUUUUGGUUGUCUGUUCAAUGGCUUUGCUAUGCCAAAAUUUGGUUAUUACAUGCCUUGGUUCGUUGUCGGAAACGCUUUGCUAAUAGCCGGCGCUGCAUUGAUGACAACGAUCGACUCCAACAUCUCGAAUUCUGCUCUUUACGGAUAUACAGUACUUAUUGGUCUCGGAAUAGGUGCUUUCCAAAGUGCUGGUAUUGGCGUGGCUUCGGCACUUGCUCCACCAUCUGAAAUAAGCAAUGUGGUGUCUGUCAUGACUAUUGCCCAGAUUGUCGGCAUCAUCUUUGCCCUAGCAAUCCCGGGAUCCAUCUUCCAGAACAAAGCCAUCCUAUAUAUCGCUUCAGUCUUACCGAACACCCCACGAUCCGAUCUUACCCAGUUAGUCACCGGUAUCAGCGGAGCCUACUACAAGAGUUUGAGUGAUAGCGAUCGAGCGUUAGUCGUAGAUCAAAUCACCAGAGCAAUCCGCGAGGCCUUUUACUACCUAGUUGGUACUACGGCGAUUGGAUUCAUUACAUCUCUCUUCUUGAGCCCGAAGAAGCUUUUCGACGUGAAGCCCAGCGCCGCCGCGUAACGAUCAUAACGAGGGCCGCGGUAACCUUUAGCUUCGGAUAGACCACGUUAUAAAUUCGACAAGCAUAUAAGGGAAUCCAUCGAGAGACAACGAAUAAAGAAUGUUAUACUAGGGUAAUUACCUUUUGCUAGGUACACGGGUGUACAAGGCAACUAGGGAGGAGGAUAACCGGCGGAAACGGGUCGCGCUAGUUUUUGGUGCCUAACAAUCUUUUAAUAAUUACAUAUACCAGCAAAUGUAAUGGAUGCAUACACAGGCGAAGAGAUAUUCUCAUGGAGGCGCAAUAUACCACAUGCCAACAGUGAUGUCCAUCC